AUGGCGGAUAGUACCCGUUCCGUCCGUUCCCGACUAGCCGAAUCGGCAUAUCUGUCACCCUAUUCCUCCGCCGGCGCUCCGGGUCCCCACCCGACCGGAGACUUAUACGUGUCUCUCCGAAGCCAGGCGAUCUCCACUCUCGAGGCUAUGGGGUACGAGCCCAAAACGAUGGUUGAACGCGGAGUUGUCUGGGCCGAAGACCAGGACCCCUUCGGACAUAUGAUGCAUUCGCAGUACAUGCACUUCUUCGGCCAAUGCUUCUAUCGCGUUAUGGAGAGCUACGACGAGUUCCUCAGCGAGCAAGAGUACAACGACAUGAUUACUGCUAAGACGGUUAUCCCCGUUAUUAGGAGAUACAACUUGGAUAUUCGACGGCAAGUCAAGUAUCCCGACUCGCUAAUCGCAGCCUACCGCCAAGAGAAAAUAGAGCCGACACGUAACAGUGGAACAACAUCCCUCUUCUCGCUCAAGCAGCAAGCUAUCGUCGCCGAAGUAAAAGGUUCCGUGACUUAUAUGGACGUCAAAACCAGUCGUCCUGUCGACAUUCGAACCGUUGGUGGUGGAUGGCCAGCUGUUUACGAAGGCUUUACCAAGAAUAGCGAACGUGCGAAGAUCCUGAAAGAGAAGUGGGAAAACAAGCAUCAAAAAGCUAAAAUAUAAGUCGUAGAGUUAAUUGGUAACUUCUAGGGGAGAUAAGCACGCUAUGCUAGCUUCGUUCAUGCUACAAGCUCUCCUUCAUACUGUGGUUCCUGCAGUAAGAACCUCAUAGGUGAAUUACACUGUCAAAUAGCAGGUUUACACUGGGAACGAGGAUCUUUUACUUUAAUAGGUGGAUAGGGUGACAGUUAUGGGCGGGGGGUAACGUAGAUACUCCGUCCGAAGAGUGAGUGGAUAUUUUGGAUGGUGUCCAGAUCUACAUUUCUUAAGGCCGGCCAGCGGCUACGCACACUACUUUACUAAGUGUUACUCUGUAUCAACGUAGGAC